UUUCCCCUGCAAUGAAUACAAAAUGGCAGCCUGGAUCGGACUGUGCGUUUCUCAGUGAGAGUGCCCGUAGUAAAGCUUUACUUUGCAGCUCAUGAGACGACAAUAGAGGUGUUCCCAGCUUAGAAACACCUUCGGUUGUCGAGAAGCAUGGCAGCCAGCAGGGCUCCUCCGCUUCAGCGUAGUGUGAUGUCUGAGCCUCGGGUAAAUGCUGUACCUAGGUACAACUUCACACAACCCAUGGAUGACUUCCUUUUUAAUUUAAUAGGUGGUGAGAAGGAGGACAGCAAGCCAAAUAAUUAUUACAAUUGGAAGCCAAGUUCUACAUUUGCUGAGCAACCUUCAGCUGUUGUUCGGAAUAAAAAGUCAAAGAAUAAGGAGAGGGAACAAAAUGUCUCUGGGAAAGCAGAUGCACAAGGUGCUGCUAUGAUGAGUAAUGGUCCUUCCCGCCGUCGCACACCCGCAACCUACCCCAGAACACAGCAUGUUAGUUCCGUUUUAGAUAGAGAGGAGCUAGAGCACCUCAGACAACAGCUUACUUACAGUGAUGUAGAUGAUCAAAGCACAGAUAGCCAAGCUUUGGGAUCAGUGAGCAUUGCCAAUAGAGUGAACAAUGCAAGACUAGGUGAUGAUACAUCCUCAGUUGAAAGUGGUAUGAGAAGGCCUCCCUCCAUACUGGAUACAAUCUUUGUCAAUGAGAAGCCUGAUCGAAAUAAAAUAGUGGCCAGACUCAUGCAAAUAAGAGAUUAUGUGAAACAGGCCAAUGCCAUGAUGUCUACUCUUCAAAACUCAAUGGACAAUCCAGAGAAGGAUGACCAGGUGGCCAAACUAAACCGCCUUCAGGAACAUCUCCAGGAACAAGAAAGAGGUUACUUGGCUCUCCUUGAGCGUAUGCUGGCUGAGGAGCUUAGCCUAGCUGGUUCUGUCUCAGGAAUAGAAUCCUCUGUCACUAGUAAUGAUCUAAAUGGUAUGGAGGCAGCUGCUGUUAAUGGUGGCAGGAGUAGUCAGAACUCUGGAGAAUCUUUCGCAACAUCUGUUGCAGAAUCUGCGUCAAUCAAUCUAGAUGCACGCUCGGAUAUUUCAGAGGCUACUACUGAGGGUACGUUCACAGCUCGCACCCGUCCCCGAAUUGAAAGCCACCUUGGCAAUCACUCGUGCGCAAGCGACAACGAUAUCAGUGAUUCUGAACUCGACGACAUUAGGUCGGUCAGUAGUCAAGCCACUGGUUCCUUUGGCAUGGAUACUCAAGAGCUUCACGAACAGUACAGCUCCUUGUUACAGAAGUACCAGGAUGGAAAUGAAGAAAAUGUUAGUGCUGCUAUGGAAAGGAUUAACCUAUCUAGAAAUGAAGGACAGGAUGAUAGCAAGUCUUCCCAAAUGUCUUCCAAUUCUUCAUACAGCUUGCUGGAGGGCCAAGAGACAAAACAGAAUGUUUCAGAACAGAUAGCUACCCUUGAGGGGUUGAGAAAACAACAUGAUCUAUUACGAAAGAUGCUCAAACAACAGGAGGAGCUGAGGACACUUCAGAACAGACAAGCAGCAUUGAUGACCUUACAAUCUCAGAUUGAGAGUAGAUUAACAAACUCUGAACAGGAAAAAGCGGAAGAAACUGUUUCUGUCACAAGUACUCAGGCAACCACAACGACUGCCACCUCUGUAACUGAGGACCCCACACCAGUAACAACGACAGCUGGACCACCUGGCCGGUUUGCAACAGGUGUGCCUUUGACAGCUGAAGACCUGCAGGAGAGACGUAGAACUCUGAUGCGUAUGUUGGCUGAACAGAGGGAUACAAGAUCAGAGGAAAUCCAGCAGGCUAGAGCAAUGGACUGGAUGGAACAGACUGAGGUUAGUCCACCAUUGGUAUCUGCAGAGCAUGAAGAAUUAAGGGAUAAACUAGAAGCCUUACAGCAGAAGAAAAGACAGAUGGAUGAACUUCUCUUACAGCUCCAUGCUCUUCAUCCUGAAAUGCCAAAUAUUGGAGGUGAUACAUCAAGUGUAGCCUCUACCACAUCCAAUGCCAAUGAAUACAGUGGAUUAAUGGUGCCAUGUGAAGAACCUAAUGAAACAUCUGAUGAAAAUGAAGCCACUCUUACCAAUGGAACAGAUAGUCUCAGAAAACUUCAUGAUGUAAGAGAAAGGUUGACUGAGCUCCGUGAUCUUGUACAGCAAUAUCAAGAUACUAGUCAGUUACUAGGUGAUCAGGAUGAAGAUUUACAUCGCAAACAACAAAUGCAGCAGUUGGGACUAGGUGCCAAUUAUGAGGAUCCUGUUCUUAUGAGCAAUCUGAGGAGAUUAGAGAGAGGAGAACCUGUUGGGAGACCUGUUCAGAUGAGACCAAAUCAUAUGUCCUAUGGAGGAGAUGGUGCAUAUGUACAGGUUGGAUCAGGUCAGACCACCAGUACAGUUACUGAGACUGAAACAGAGACUGAGACAGAAAGUAACCACAGCUCUAUACUAGCAGCAUGGGGUGAUGAUCCAGAAAUCAAAGAGAAAGUCAGGAAACUGCAAGAAGCCAAGCAUAAGUUACGCCAACUACAGUCACUUGUAGCCAUGGUACAACAGACCCCUGAAGUUGCUACAGCCUUGCCCGAUGACCUGGCUGAGCUUGCUGCUGGCCUUACUGCUGAGUAUUCAGAAACAAACAAUGAAGACGAGGAUGACGAGGAGGAAGAUGAUGAGGGGGGCGAAGAGGAGGAAGAGGAAACUGUUGAGGAGAGUGGUAGUGAACUUGCAAUGGCUGGUGCUACUGGUGAUCAUAGAAUGCCUAAUAGAGAAGAACAGAUUCCUGCAGAUUUUGCCAGGGAAACUAGGGAAGCCUAUUAUGAGGCUAAGAUGAAUCAGCAGAGACGUGAACUUCAGAGUCUUAUGGCUGAAAGACAUCGUCUUCUAGGCGUCCAACAACAGCUCAAGGAACUCAAUGAGAACCUUCCUCCUGUCAGAAAACCACCAGCCAAACCUGGGAUGAAAUCAGUGAACAUCAUUCCACCAACAAAAAGAGAUGCAUCAACCAAUGUUCAAUCUGUUGCUACUCCAAGCCGUGAGGAGGUGUUCUCUGAGAUGAGGAGAAACAAGGCUCUUCAGAGUGAACUAAGGCAGAAGAAGAAUGAGCUUUCAGACUUACUUCAUAUUGUCAAAAUGAAUAGAGAGAGAUUACGUGAAGGAUCUGAUGAGUAUUCUCUUCAGACAGAUUUAGCAGAAUAUGACAAUGAUUUAUUCAGGGAAUUAUUGCUUGAUGCUGGCAGAAUGAGUAUGCGUAGUGCUGAUAUCACAGCUGCAGCAACCUGGGGUGGAUCAACCCAAGUGAGUGAAGAUGAAGGAUUAGAGGAUGGUUAUCCAGGGGAUGCUCUCUUACAGGUUGAAGAAGAGGAAGAAGAGGAGCAGAGUACUGUGACCUCUGAUACGUACACCAUUGAGUCAGGUACUAAACCAAACAGAAGAAGAAAAGUUCAACCUUACCCAGGAGUGAAGAGAGUAACCUUGGAAGAUGAUGGUGAGACGUCAUCAAUGGAUGCAGCUAGGCAUGGUAUAAGAUACCCUAAGAACAUCAACUCAGCUACUGAUAGGCAGAGUCGUCUCAGGCAAGAGAACAUCCGCUCAGCUGAGGAGCUUGUGUCUGAUGGCUAUGAGGAGGAUCCUACAGUUCAGGCUCUACAGGGUCAUAUUCAACAGCUACAGAGACAGCUAUCAAAUAGCAUGGGAAUGUGCCAGUCUCUUAUCUCAGAUCAACAAUCUAUGAGUAAUCUUCUCUCAGGAUCACUUAAUGCUGGUCGUGGUGGGUUACAGGCUGCCUCCGUAGGUCCCAAUCCAUUCUCUCCUGGAGAAGCUCACCUAGAUGACCUCGUCCAGAACUACAAUCUUCGCAUGCAGCAUCAACAACUGAUGCUGAACUUGAAUAGUGCCUAUAACCAGCUAUAUCAACAGCAGACUCAGAUCCAGAGGCUGCGUGGCCAGCUUGAAGAGAGAAACUCAGAAGCUUCCUUUGAUGUAGGUGCAGCCAUGGCAGCAACCAACACCAAUACCAAUAACAAUGCUCCACCCAUGUACAGGAAUCCACAGAGACCCUCAGGUAUGGGGUAUCCAGGCCAGUCACCGCCCUUUGGCAGAUCAUCUGGUAUGGGACCUGAUGCAAUGUAUGGACCUCCUCCCUAUAAUCCAGCGAUGCCAUUCAACAUGAAUCCUACAUUCCCACCUGGCUUUGGCCAACCGAGUCCAGGCAACUAUCGCUCACCCUAUGCAAACCCCUAUACUCCCAACGACCUGAACGAAGGUGGUACUGGCCAGAGGGACACCUACAACCCUUAUGCCCGUCAAGCCACUCAGCAGAGGUUAAGCGGUGCUGCCUCCUACCAUGUACCACCCAACACAGCUCAAGUAAGCAACGAUGAUGACGAGUUUGAAACCGCCUAUCUGAAUAGUGCCACAAGCGGCAAGGCAUCAAGGAUGAUGGGCGGGUACACCUUGGACAGUGGGAUUGGAGACAUCAAUGAUAUCUUAGCAAGGGAACAAUCAGAGUCAAGGGAAGAGAUCACUGUACCUCCACUUGAUAUUACCAGCCUUCUGAAAAGAACAGAGCAGCAGAGGAGAUUACGGGAUGAGUUAGGAAGUCAGAGAUCAAAUACAUCAUCUAACAGAGAAGGCAAACAUCCAAUGCCAAGCAGUGCAUCCCAAGCCAGAGCUCAGCUAUCAAGCCAGUCCAACCAACCCAGUGCACGUCUAGCCAAGCUUCUUGGACCCAAGAUGGGUACAGGGUUAAGUUCCUCCAUCAGUGGGACUGCAUUCCUAGACACUGCUAGCAUUGCAAGCACAGUCUCUAUGUCUAGUCUACCCGGUGAUAUGAGUGAUAAGGGUAACAAUGGAGGAAGGUCAAAGGGCAGAGGUCAGCAGCAGCAGCAGCAAGUACAGCAAGACACUGACAGGUCAAUCAGGUCACAGACUAGUGAACUUGAGUCUGAUGCAGGGAGUGAGUUCUCUCUCUUUGAAGCCCUCCGUGAAUCUAUCUACUCAGAAGUAGCAUCACUCAUCUCUCAAAACGAGACCAGACCGCACUUCCUCAUCGAGCUGUUCCGUGAGCUUCAGAUGCUCAAUUCAGACUACCUACGACAGAGGGCGCUCUACGCCCUACAGGACCUUGUCUCAAAGUAUCUCACUGAUGAUAAUACUAAUGCUUCAGCAUCAGAGGCCCCUACCCUGCCAUCAGAGAGGCCAAUGCCAGCAUGGAUGAACUUUGCAGGAUCAGAGCAAACCCCUAGUGAGAGCUUUAUUACAUCAGAUGAGGAAGAAAUCAAGGCUCGUCUGUUUGGUGCUAACCUUCAGAAGCCACAUGAGUCAUCCUAUGCCUUGCUGGAAGAUGAUCAAUAUGAUUACAUUGAGAAUGUAGACUCUGCCAGUUCACUCUCAACACCUCCAUCAUUAGGACGGGGAGAAUUCGGUUUUGCUAAUGAAGACCUAGGAGACACUGUCAUUCAUCUUGAUAAGGCAUUGAAGCGGAUGAGAGAAUAUGAGAGGCUAAAGGCAGAGGCUGAGGCUGCUUCUGGAAUCAGUUCAAUAGACAAUGCCAAGGAACGGAGUACUAUGUCAGCUUCAGAUAUGACUAGCAAUAGUUCAGCUCAAGAUAUGGGCAGUGAAAGCUCCUUUUCUGAUCUGCCAUACCCUCGGAUCGACACUCGUCAGCUAGACCUCCAGAUCAAAGGCAUCAUGCAGGAGGUGAUUCCAUAUCUCAAGGAACACAUGGAUGAUGUGUGCUCUCCGCAGCUACUUGCCUACAUCAGACGUUUGGUGCUAGGUCUGGCAAGGCAGAAAGAUGAGAGCAGGGAAUUUGUUCGCUUCUUCAAUAGGCAGCUUGGCUCUAUCCUGGAAGACUCUCUUGCCAAGUUCUCCGGUAGAAAGAUGCGUGAGUGUGGUGAGGAUCUGUUGGUGGAUAUCUCUGAGAUUCUUUUCAAUGAACUAGCAUUCUUCAGACUCAUGCAAGACCUUGAUACAGCUGGUAACAAACUCAAACAAGAAGCUGCGAAACGAGAUGAUGAUGACGACGACGAGGAUGAUGAUGAUGAAGACGAUGAAGAAGAGGAGCAGACGGAAACUGGCACAGAGACUGGCACGGCUCAAGAUCAAGUAACGGGAGAAGGAGAAAGCAGUUCAGAUGAGUCGUCAUCAGAUGAAGAUGAUACUGUCCAACAGAGGCAUCCUCAGGGAAGACAGCAACAGGAUGAUAGGUCUGGUGGAGGUGUGAUGGAACAAGCAUUAGAGACUGCUAUGGCAGUAGCUUCUAGAUAUGAAGAAGAAGAACUAGGAAAUAUGAGAGAUGAUAUGUUAGCAACACAAGUGGAUAUCAGUGAUAGAGAAGAAGACAGUGAGCCUCAGAGUGUGGAUCAUUUACAGAUUGAGCUUUCCAUGAGUGAAUCAAAAGGAGUUACAUAUAUUGGUAGUGGAGAAGAAGAAGAUGACUCAGACCAUCUAGGAGAAGCUGUAGAAGAGACAAUCACAAGAAUUGGAGCAGCCAACGCCGAUGGCGAAGUUGACAGUGUGGAUGAUACAACAAUGAGCACAGAGAUCCCUGUUGAAUCGGAUGCUAGUCAGAAGGAGAAUAUCUCAAGACAGGAGAGUCUUGAGAAAGAUCCAGCUCCUGCACCGGCUCCUGCAUCAGAACCCAAGGAGACCACGGAUGAUAGCACACCACAGGAUACUUCACAGGCUACAGUGGGAGAGAACAACAAUGAAGAAAUCACUCUAGAUGACCUACCUUCAAAGCUUACUGUAAUAACACAGAAUACCCUUGAGAGUCAGAUGACGAAGGAACAGACAAAUACUGAUGGAGUUCAAGGAGUCCUGGAGACGAUGGUAGAUGGAGAAGCUCAGCUAGCAGGAGACCCAAUGGCCCUGAGAGCUCCUGAAGGAGCACCAGUUGAGAAUGGUAUCAUUGAAGGCAAUCCUGGAGAGAUAGGAUCCGAAUGAACUGGAAUAAAACAGAGGAAGUUAAAUGCCUUGAUAAGGCUGCCAAAGAUCAGCAGUAACCAGAUGAUGAUGAAUGCAUUCCAAUGUGUGUAGAUGAAUAGAAAUAUGAUGCAGGUUUUGGAGUUUAAAGUUUAUCUGUAUGGCAUGUUUAGACUUGGCUUGAUAAAGCUCGGCAACAUUUUUGUUUACAGAUUCAUUGGGAUAUGAUGCAAGUUAGCACUAAAUGCUAGAAUUUUGUCCAAAGUAGCGCAGACAAACUGGUGACAUUCAAGAUAACCUUUAGGAUAAUGAAAUCACUAUGAAAUCAUAUAUCUUGAGUCAUAACACCAUAAUGAAAUCUUUGUAUUUGAUUUUGUCCGUGCAACUCUGGACAAUUUUUUUGAAGAUGUGAAGCAUAUAACAAGUGUGUAUUGAUCAAAGUGAGUUGCUUUGUCUCAAAAUGCUGAAUACCAUGAAAAAUGUUCCUAGCUUUGUCGUUCCAAGUGUGAACUAGCGUAUACAUGUCAUGGAUGAUGUUUGCCAUUUAUGUUGAGCAGUGGUAAUGGCUAGUAAAUAAGGUCUUUUCUGUGUGUGAUGCAAAAUAAAGUGUUCUUUCAAGAAUUUAUU